AUGGGAUCCGCAAAGAAACCGUCGCUGAGACAGAGAGCAAAAGAGAUGGCUCCUUUACAGUACGCUGCGCGUGCAAAGAGAUCUCUGCAAGGAGGAAUUGUAAAUUUGUAUUCGAGGAUGAGUAUGCUUUUGUUCCGCAGACGGUCGAAUCUUGUCCUGAUUCUGCUGGUGGUGAUCGGGGUGCUGGUGGGCCGGUCGGCGAUGAGGGAGAACCUCACGCCCUCGAUCGGGCGUUCGUGGCAGAACGUGGAGGUGGUGGAACGCAAGCCAGACUUGCUGCAUGUGGAUGUGUCGCAACUGUUGAAACGCAAGCCGUUGGGGCGGUCUCCGGUGACCGAGCGGAUGCUCAGACAGGAGUACACCAAGGAAGACAUUACGGGGUUUGUGUCGAACCUGGACGUCGACAAGCUGGUGGCGAGGAAGAAGAAGCAGGCAGACAAGGACCACGCCAAGAUCGAUGCGAAGCUGAACCUGAACGACUACAGGAACCUGGCCACGUGCAAGGACCUGGCGUACUUGUCUAGCAUCUACCACUCGACAGAGAAGGUGCUGCUCGAGGACGACUUGAAGACCCUGAGGGCGAAGCUGAGGAGCGAGAAGAAUUUCCUCACUAACGAGAUCGCCAACGAGGACGCCGAAAAAGGUUUAACCGAGAACGAAAUCAUCCAGCAGAAGUGGUUCCAGUUCGGUACCUCGGCAGUAUGGUUAGAAAGGGAACAGUGCUAUGUGGCGUACUCCAGAGUCAUUUAUGCGCCCUCGGGAGUCAGAGACGAGCCUCACUUGUCGCUUGUGAGAGCCCAAGCUUUCGAUAAGGACUGGAAAGAAAUCAAAGGAAAACGGAUUCCCUACGUCGACAUGCCGAUCCCGAAGGAUAUGCCCGAGGCGCUGAAGAAGAUCGACAAGGAGCUCGGCCUUUCCGACUGUCAGGAGCACCGCAAGGACUCGUCCGAGUACGAGUCGUGCGUUGUUGAAAAUGCCAAGAACAGACUUCUCGCGCAAAACCGCAAGGACAAGAUCAUGUCCAAAUACUACAUGACUUACCCAACCGUUUUAAAUAUUCCGUUCAACCCUUGGGGCGACUGGCGUGGCCCCGAAGAUCCAAAGGUCAUCUUGCGCAAGGCCAAGAACUACGAGGAGCCCGUGGUGAUGUUCAACAUCUGGGACGACCACUUAGAGCGCCGUGUCAUGGUCGCAUUCAUGCCACACAGGAAGGUGGACCCUUUAAUUAAGCUGAAGGUUAUGGGCCGUGAGCAACGCGGUGCCGAGAAGAACUGGACCCCUUUCUUCCACAGGAACAGCGGCGAAUCCUCCGUGUCGCGCGGAUUUCUGCACUUUAUCUACAGUUUCAGUCCGCUCGAAAUUCUCAAGUGCUCGUUGAACGACGGCUUCUGCGAGAUGGUCUUCGAGGCAGACACGCUGCGGAUCACAGAGGGGAACCGUUUCGACGGUUUCCGCGGCGGAACGCAGUUCGUGCCGCUGCCCGACGUGCUGCCGCAGGUCAGGGGCCAGCAGAUCUGGAUCGGCUUCCCCAAACAGCACAUCUCCGACUGUGGCUGCGGCGACCGCUACUACAGGCCGAUGUUCAGCGUGCUCGCCGAGCACGAUGGUGUGUACAGCCAGGAGCUGCUCGUGCCCGCCCUGGGCUUCAACAUCGACGUCAUCUCCUGGGACCUCAAGGGAACCUACUGCAAAGCAGUCAACAUUCUCAGCCCGAACGCCAUCGCCCACUGGGACGUCGUCCAACAGGAUCCGCACUCCAAGAUCUACGAGGACUACCUGACCAUCUCGGUCUCCGAGGCCGACAUCAACACCAGAGUCGUCACCAUCCGCGGCCUGCUCAACUACAUCCUCAACAUGUACCGCGAGAAAGAACUGCAGGAAAAGUUCGAGAUCAGCGAGCAGGCAGACGCCAUCGUCGGCCAAACGCUGCAGUGUCUCAAGGCCUCCGCCUUCAACUACUGCAAGCUAUACGGAGAAGCACAUCCAGAGCCCAAGGAGGACGACCAGGACGAUUUCCCGCCGGACGAUUUCCGACCGGACGAUUUCCAGCAAGACGAAGAGUCCUCCUCGGAGAAGUCGCCAGACGACCGCGACAACGACGACAACAGCGAGGACCGCGACGAUCACAGACAAGACGACGCCAGCGACUAG